GACGAAAUGAGCAGAGCACGCACCCGAUAAACAACGUGGCCCGGCCCAGUCGUGUGUACUCUCUUGUCGCCCCGCUCCGCUCCUGCGUCCUGCCCUAGCCAGCUACUCCGUACUAGCUAUAGGCUGCCCUCCUGGAUUGAUCGUCUCCGUCCUCCCCUCCCUCUCUCUAUGCCCCUCUCGUCGUCGUCGGCGGCAUAUGGACGACGACGACACUAGUACACUACUGCUCCAGUAGCUAGCUAUAGUCGUAUAGUGCUAACAGAUCGAGCUCUGCUUGCUAUAUGGAGAGGUGGAGGAUGGAGAAGAUGUUGCCUCCGGCGAGGAGGACGACCGUGGCGUUUCUGAUGGCCUUGGUGACCACGACUGUCGUCUUUGCCGCCGUCUCCGGUGGCGCGGCAGAGGCGGCGGCGACGCCCCAUCGGAUUCUGGUGGACACGGACAUGGACACCGACGACCUGCUCGCGCUGCUCUACAUCCUCAAGCAGAACCGCUCCGAGUUCGACCUCAAGGCAGUUACCAUCGAUGUGAAUGUGUGGAGUGAUGCGGGACAUGCUGUGAAUCAUCUGUAUGAUCUGCUCUAUAUGAUGGGUCGUGAUGACAUCCCAGUUGGUGUUGGUGGUGAUGGUGGAAUAUCAUACUCAGGCACCAUAUAUCCAAAUGUCGGUGGUUAUUUACCACUGAUUGAUCAGGGCAUGACAACGGCUGGAGGUUGCCGGUACAGGCAAGCUAUUCCACUAGAAGGUGGUGGACGGUUGGACGUGGACACAAACUAUGGAAUCAGAAAGGACUUCCUUCCACAGGGUCACAGAAGAUAUAUGCCACUUCAGCAACCUACAGCACAAGAAGUAUUGAUAGACACAAUUUCUGCUGGCCCUACAACAGUCUUUCUCAUAGGAUCACACACAAACUUCGCCAUUUUUCUCAUGACAUAUCCACACCUGAAGAGAAAUGUGGAGCACAUAUACAUUAUGGGUGGUGGAGUGAGAUCAAAGAAACCGACAGGCUGCUGUCCAAAAAAUGCUACAGGUUGUACGCCACAGCAGUGUGGUGACCAUGGUAACAUGUUUACUAGUUACUCUACCAACCCAAAUGCAGAAUUCAACAUAUUCGGAGAUCCUUUCGCCGCAUACCAGGUGUUUCACUCUGGUAUACCAAUUACUCUUGUUCCUCUUGAUGCGACAAAUACAAUUCCAAUCAACAAAGAAUUCUUCUAUGAAUUUGAGCAUCGUCAGGGUACUUAUGAGGCACAAUACUGCUUCAAGUCUUUAAAGAUGGCUCGUGACACAUGGUUUAAUGACGAAUUCUAUACAAGCUAUUUUAUGUGGGAUUCUUUUACCUCCGGUGUUGCCAUUUCCAGCAUGCGCAAUGAUAAGAAUGGUAAAUAUGGAAACGAUUUUGCUCAGCUUGAAUAUAUGAACAUUACAGUAGUAACUUCAAACAAACCAUAUGGUGUGUAUGAUGGCUCAAACCCAUUAUUCGAUGGUCAUACUACUCCCAAGUUUGGUCUUCAAAAGGUUGGAGUUCAUAGUGGUCAUGUUCAAACUGGGAUUACAGAUAACUUCUGUCGUGUCAAGGGCAGUAAUAAAGGAAGAUGCGAGGAUGGAUACACUAAGGAAGUUUCCAGUCCAGAAGCAGCCCACAUUCGUGUUGCUACAAAAGCUAAGCCAAACGUGGAUAAAAAUAGCCCUCUAGAUAGGGAAUUUUUCGUGAGCUUCCUAGAGGCACUAAACCUUCAGGAAAACUCUGGUCGUUUCGACAUUAAGGCACAAUUUCCAUUCUACAGAGAGGUUCUUAAUAAGCCAUCAUUGAAAAGCAAAAGAACGGGGAGACCUGUUAUUAUUGACAUGGACAUGAGUCCUGGAGAUUUUGUCUCCCUUAUAUACCUCUUAAAGGCACCUCCUGAAGUAAUAGACUUAAAGGGGAUUUUGGUCAGUGGCAAUGGGUGGGCCAAUGUUGCAAGCAUUGAUAUCAUUUAUGAUAUUUUGCAUAUGAUGGGCCAUGAUGACAUUCCUGUUGGACGUGGUAAUACCACUGCAUUAGGAACUCCAAGUCUCGGUUGCGAAUAUGUCAGUAUUAUUCCCCAAGGCAGUGGAGGACUUAUUGACUCAGACACUCUCUAUGGACUAGCUCGAUCAUUGCCAAGAAGCCCUAGAAGGUAUACUGCUGAAAAUUCAGUAAAAUAUGGCGCUCCUAGAAAUACUGACCAUCCAGAACUUCGGCAGCCAUUGGCUUUUGAAGUUUGGCAGUCUAUCAAAGAGCAGCUUGAUCCAAGUGAGAAGAUCACUAUUAUUACCAAUGGACCUCUUACAAAUUUAGCCAAUAUCAUGCUCUCUGACAGGAAUUCAAGUUCUGUAAUAGAGAAGGUCUACGCUGUUGGAGGCCAUAUCAGAGAUGAAAAUGAUUCGAAGGGAAAUUUGUUUACUGUUCCAUCAAAUAGAUAUGCAGAAUUUAAUAUGUUUCUUGAUCCACUAGCUGCCAAAACAGUCCUGGAGUCAUCUCUGGAUAUCACACUUAUUCCUCUUAGCUCUCAAAGAAAAGCUGCAUCCUUUCAGCGUAUCCUUCAAGCUCUAAAGCAUGCUGAUCAUACUCCAGAAUCAAGUUUUGUGCACCGAUUGCUGCUCUCACUACAUGAUCUUCAGCAGAAGCAUGGGCUUUACCACCAUAUGGAUAUAUUUCUGGGAGAAAUUCUUGGUGCUGUCUACCUGGUGGAAGGAUUAAAUAUAAAACCAUCUUUGCAACUGAAGCCAAUAAGUAUUGUUGCCAACAACACAACAAACAUGGACGGUCAGAUUGUUAUUAACAUGCAGAGUGCAAGUUCAGUGAAAGUAUUAAGUGAUUUUAAUACUGAAGAUUAUUACAGUCGAAUCGCUAAUUCUUUAGGCCACAAAGAGCGGUCUGCAGUUAUUGGUAGCUUUGAAGAACAAACCGCAAUCUGGAGCAGACCCCCUUUGAAAUUGGAGACAUGAACAUAAAUGAGCCUAUUUUUUAUGUAGUAUGUAGUAAUGUUGGUGAAGCACAACCAUAAUUGAGCUCCGUUACGGAGUAUGCCCCUAGCUUAUAAAAGUAGUUGCAAACGUGGUCUAUCUUUUUAAGAUUCACCCCAUUUAUUUUGGCAUUUGGAAGCAUAAUAUUUUUUUGUUCCUAAAUGUAACAACCACCACUUGUUCAACAGUGUAGGUUCGAUUGGAUCCCUUGAAAUUGAUGUAACAGCAAAGGGAAUUACAAUAAUAAUAUUAAAUCUAAUGUUUAUGAAACAACGUUGAUGUACCAUUUGCAUUA